AUGGACUGGCCAGACAUUAUACUCCAAGGGUGUGCUAUGAUCGGACUCCAAGUCUACUCUUGGAAUUCCUGGAGAAUCUUCAUCAACCAUGCAGUUGUUUCUGCUCCGAGUUGGGGCGUUCCCAGACUUACAAUUGGGCUGCUAGCUGCCGCUUCCAUAUUGGAACAGAUCAUUGGGAUGAUUGUGUUUCUCUACAAACACCACGAUAACAAAUCUUUGGCAUUCGAAAACAUCGUUUCGUCUUCCAUUAUCAAUGUUUUCGCUGCCUUUUUGAUCGCUUUUGACUACCACAGGAACGAAGAUGUCAAGCCGUUCCACCUUGAAAGUGCAAAAUUAUUUGUAGUUGUAUCUUAUGCAGCUUUUGUGGUCGUGGGUGUUCCUACUUUGACUGCGUUCGUUGUGAUACCAACUCCAGUAAUGUACGGUUUUAUUGUUAGUCACAUAGUAAUGUGUGCUUUCUUGGGUUUUGGUAAGAGCACCGAUGAACGCGGCCCUAUUCUGGGGGUACAGUGGUCGUUUGAAAAGGAUUUGGACAAAAAUCCAUCUGGAGUUAAGCCAAUUUCAACUGCUUCUCUGCAUUCUCUUAAAGACAAGUCAGACCCUAAUGAUCAUGAUAGAGCUGCAUCAGAAGAUUCGGUCAUCAUUAUUCCACCUGACCCCAACAUUUCAAGCACAAAUUCAGAACCAGAACCCCAAAUCUUGGGGAUAAAUAUGGCCUGGACGAUAUCAAGUCUUGUGUUGCAUUUAGCUUGUACGAUUGUAUUGUCAAGGAACAUUCAACAUCUGGAUCUGACCGCUUCUAAAAGAGAUGUGACUACAAUUUGUCUUCUCCUUGCCACACGGAACAUAUUAUCAAGUCACCCUAUUACUUUCGCAGUGAAGAAGAGCGGCGAUGUUGGGAGUGCCGUAGAGGAUAUGGUCCCUUUCAAUGCUUGGCUUUACUUAAUGGCUCGAGAGUGUGCAGCUCAGAACCAAAAAGUUUCUACAGGCACUCUGAAUUGGACAGAGCUCACCGUUUUCAUCCUUCGGGGCAGUGUAUAUCAACCAGCUACAGUGCGUUACCCAGGGGGAUGGCUGGCGGCAAUUUUAAUGCUCGUGCAUUGGUUGGGCUUUUUAAAGUCUAGCAUUCGUGCAGCUUCAUUAGGGACAGUUACAGAAAAUUAG